GAAUACAUUUUGGUACGAGUUGUCUGUAUCUGUUUGGAGAUAGUAAACAAACUUUCACGCGGAGAAAACAAAAAAAGAUUACAUUUAAUUUUUUUCGAUCGAAUAAAAAAGUUUAGAACGCUUAUGUGACCAGCUAACACAUUUUAGGUAUGUGAACUUGAUAUAUUGUGUGAUGAUUAGAUCAAUAGUGCAAUUUCCUCAGCCCACCAAACAUAUUCAUGAAUAAAGAAUGAAGGCACCUUGAUUACAAAAAAUGGAGUACAUAGAAUGCAUGAAAACUGGGUAUAACCCAGCUCAUGUCCAAGUUGCAUGUGAUGGAAACUUCAUAGGGCUCCCGCUUACAAGGACGGUUGUGGGAGUGUGGAACCUAUCAGAUCCAUCAGCACAGCCUCUGAAACUAGAAGGCCAUCGUAAAAUUUUGACCAGUUUGGUGCUAGGGAACAAACCAGACCCUAAAAGAUUAUGUUCAGCCGCAGAGGACUACAUAAUAGUAUGGAACAUCCACCAAGCUUUGGAGAAAGCUGAGAAAGGUGAACAAAUCAAAGGUGUAAUUAUUGGAACAACACUGGGAUACAUACAAUACUGCGCGUUCAGCCCAGAUGACUCUCUGGUGGCUGCAUGCAAUAACAAUGACGUUCUUAUACUGCGUUCAAAUACAUCGGAAGUUAUUGCAGCCCUGGAAGGUCAUCUGAAUCGGGUCACUUGCGCAGAGUUUUGUCCCCAUUAUUCAUCAACAUUAGUUACCAUAUCAGAGGACAGGACCUUUAAGGUGUGGAACAUUGCCGACCUGUCCCUGGUUUACCAGUCUACCAUCAUCACUGCCUCACCCUUCAUCAGCAUGAGUAUGAACCUCCACGUACCUCAGGUCGCUAUAGGAACCGCUGACGGCAUCGUCAGAGUUUACGACUUAUCUGAUGGUAAAGACUUCCGAUGUGUUCAUCAAAUCAACAUUGGGAAAAUUAUGGAUAAAUACAGACAGAGCAAAGAGCAGAGUUUACUCUCACCAACAUCCCAAAAGAAUGGUCCAGUGACCAUUAGCAGUAAGCCCUCGUACCAGAGGAGAGGAGACAACGGAGAACCCAGGGAGGAGAUAAAUGUACAGGAUGUGGCAGAGACAGGGUGUGCUGUCCUCGGGCUUUACUUCUCCUGGGUCCCUGAAGACGACAGGGGUAGUUCAGCCCGAUCUGUCGGUUUUCUUCAGCGAGCCAACACCAUGAUUAGGGAUUUAUUCAGUGCCUCCCCCAUGUUAGUCAUCGGAACAACAGGGGCGCUGCUUCAGAUAAAUGCCAAAACAAUGGAAGUCAUUCAGUAUUAUGAUCUUCAAGAUCCAGUUCCAUCAAACUCAGAAAGUAAGGAAAUGUACAUUAACAAUGCUGGUUCUACCUACUUCAGUCAGGGGGAUGACCCAGAGAAGAUUUACUGUGUGAUUGGCAGCCAUUUUCAAAAUCAUGUUCAUCUCUUGAAAUGGGACCAUGCCACAUCAAGAUCAAAGCCUUGUAGCUUCAGUACAAGUCUUGAGGACUUAUCUAGUAUUUCUUCAGAGUUACCGGGCAACCAAAACCAACAAAGUCUGACAGUCCUAUCCAGUGAACCCAUGCUGCCAAACUCAAUACUCAAGCAAGGGCUUGUUCCAAAACAGAAAGAAGACUCUACACCUAAAAAACAGAAAGGAUACAUUUCCCCUGGCAAACCAGGUCAAGGGGUCAAAGAUCAGCCAUUGACCUUCCAGAGCAAGAUUAAAUCAUCAGGCUACACAGAGGCUCCAAGAACGACCAUGUUUAAACCAAAAACAAGCUCCACAAAGCAAUCCUCAGCAGUGAAGAAGAAACCAUCUGCAGGCUUAUUAGAAAAUGCGCUAGACAAGGAAUAUCCUACCAAUCCAGGCCCCCCAAAAGACUUUGUUUGUGGCUGGGAUGUUGCAGAAAGACCAACUCCAAUCAAUGCAAUAUCUUACUCAGGAGAUGGGCUUAGUCUUGCUUGUGCUCUUGCCAAUAAGUCUGCCCAAGUGUUUCGAAUACCAUACAAGGAAAAAGGAAGCUACAGUUUAGCACACAACCACAUUGUGAAUGAUGUGCGAUGGAGUUGCGACUCUAGUUGGUUGGUGUCAGCAUGUGAUGACAAAACCGUGCGACUAUGGCAACGAGGUCAGACUGAGGCUGUCCUCACCAUAGCAACCAAACUCCACAACUUGGCAGAAGGAGAUGGACCAAAGAAGGACAAGGAGAAUGCCCCAUUUCCAAAGGAGAUUAAGAACGCUCAGUUCUACUACAUGGAUCGCUUCCUGAUUUUAACAUCUUCCAACACACUGUACAUGUAUAAAUACCACCUGGAUCCCACCAAACAAGAUAUCAAAAGAUAUGUGAGCAAGAGUAAAUACAAGCAGGUGCAGUCCUUCACUAUGGAUGCCCAGUACAUCACUGCCUUGUCUGCUGUGAAUGAUUUCUACUCCUAUAUUGUUAUGUGUGCAGGCAGUAGUAAAUCAUUAGAAGUCUAUGACAUGAAUGUUGGAAAGUGUGUACGUACAAUAGCAGACAUCCACACGAGACCAGUUCAUUGUAUAAAGCAACAUGAGGGAUCUAAGUUUGUCUCACACCCCCGUGACGCCUAUGAUUUAUUCUUGACAUCAGCUGCCGGUGACUGCAUCAAGCUAUGGGACCUCAGGGCCAACAGAUGUGUUCGACGGUAUGAAGGUCAUUUAAACAGGUCAUACCCAUGUGGGGUAGACCUUAGUCCUUGUGGUAAAUAUGUUGUGACCGGUGCUGAAGAUAAAUGUGUUUAUGUAUAUGACAUCAGAGGAGGUACAUAUUGCUCCAAACUAACAGGUUUCACAGACACCGUGUCAGCUGUAGCAUUCCAUCCGCUCCAUUCACAGUUGAUGACAGCAUCUCUAGAUGGGAAGCUGAAACUGUUCACAGACAGUCCUAAAGUAUUGAGUAGAAUAAAGGAACGUCUAAUCAUGGCCUUCACAAUGAUUCUGUCUGUUCUGGCCAUUUCGUUUCUGAUGGCAGAGGCUAAAGUUUCCCCCGACGGAUCUUUAGUGUGGCCAGAUCUAGGACAGCUCUACGCCCUGGACGACCUGAGAAAUGGCCUGGGAAAUGGUUACUAUGAUCUGGAGAGCCGAAGCUCUCCAAACCAAGAUUGGUCCAACGCCGGAUACCAAGAACCAACUCUUAAUGACGAUAUUUUCAGUGAAGCCUCCAUCAGGGACCAGGAGUAUCAAGAGAACAGUCCCCUCUGGGGGUACCAAUCAGUCUCUGGUGGAACCGGUGACGGAAAGGACAAUCCUAAACAGGUUAAAACAGACAAAGUUCUCCCCGCCUACUGCAACCCGCCCAACCCUUGCCCCAUCGGAUACACCUCUGAUGACAACUGCGUAGAGAACUUUGAAAACUCCCCGGACAACAACAGGAAACUGAUGAAACAACAGGAGUGUCCGUGCGACAAAGAGCACAUGUUUAGUUGUCCGUCGGACACCUCAAUCAGCACCAAGUCCGGACCUUCCCUGGACAGCGUCAUUGAACAGCUCGGAAACAUGGAGGCAGAGCAGGCCCGGAAUCCGUACUUUGACGGACCCCACAACAAAGUGGCCGCCAAGAAGGGGUCCUAUAUACCACUGGAAGAAAUGGAAGCAAUACAGAGCCCACUGAUGUGCUAUCCUAUGCGGUUUGAGCCCGGUGCAGACCUACAGAAGGGACUGCUUAAAUUUACAGAGGAUAAUGGUUUGUCUGCCGCUUUUGUCAUCACCUGUGUGGGAAGUGUCACCAAGGCAACUCUCAGAAUGGCUAACAGUACAACUAUAAAAACUUACGAAGGGCAUUUUGAGAUCGUUUCACUCGUUGGAACUCUGUCGAGUGGAGGCCAUCUUCAUAUGAGCAUUAGCGACGCUGAAGGGAAUGUAUUCGGUGGUCACGUUUUCGGUGACGUCAUUGUGUACACUACAGCGGAAGUGAUCGUUGGAAACUGUCCUGGCGCUGUUAUGAACAGGGAAGAAGAUAAAAGAACAGGAUAUAAAGAGUUGACUGUACAAAGCAAACCCUAACUGCACAGUGAAGCAAAUACCAAGGGACUUAAUUGUUCCAUUGGCUUUGAUGACCAAUAAUUGCACUGUUCUUCUUUAGUUUAUUGACCACCACGUACAUCUUUCAACUUGAUAUCAUUUUUUCGUUAUACUGCAUUUUUCGAUAAAAAAGUGAAAGUUCUCCUUGAAUACUGUUUUUUUUUUAAUUGUUGAAAGAUAAAUAAAAAAUCUUGUAGAGGCCUAA